AUGGCGGUGGUGUGUCGGCCGUCCUGCAGCCCGCCCACGUGCGAGGCCCUGACCCCAGGUCAGGCGCCGCCCGCUGGCCACACCGAGCUCCAGCUGACCUCAAACGGCGACCUUGCGCGGCAUCUGGACAAAGGCAGCGACCUGCUGGAGGAGGCGGCGUCGGCGGGCCCUGGAGCGGGCCCGGGGGCCGGGCCGGCGGCCGGGGAGGCGCCGCGCUCGGCCUCCAGCGGCGGCCUGCGCGAGCUGGCGCGCUCCCUCAAGCAGCACCUGCUGGGCUUCAGCGAGCGCCUGGAGGACACGCGCGAGCGCCUCGAGGACACCUCGCGCUGCUUCUGCCUGCUCGACAAGGUGCGCAACACGCUGCUCUGCAAUGGGCGCUACUGAUGCAAUGACUGCGCAAGGUCGGGAGCUGGGGAAAGAGGCGGUCUCUGUCAUCCAAUUGGGAGCUUCGUUACGACUUCAAUUUUUGGUAUUGACGCUCUCGAGGAAAUAACAGUAUCCACCUCUCCUUCCAGCUUCAAAUAUUAGGGAGUCACUACAAAUUAAAUUGGAUGCGCAGAGUGAUGAGGUGGGAGCCGGGGGAGGGGACAUGACCCCCUCCACCUAAACGUUUUCAAAGGGAAAAUUGCAAUAUCCGGAAAAAAAUUCUGUGGCGCACGCGCGCUGCCAGGAGACGAUGGAGCUGAUCCGCGAGCAGCAGGCGCGGCCUGGUGCGCACGCGCCAGCAGCUGGGGCUGGAGGACGACGCAGGUGCCGUUCUCCCCGUCGCACGCGCUCGCCGCCGCCGGCGGCGCCCGCUCCGCCGCGGCGGCGCCCUCCCCCGUCGUCGCAGGCGGCGGGACGGCGCGCGGCCGCCAGCCCGCCGACGCGCCGCUGGGCUGGAGCCCCGCGAGCGCGCGACCCCCGCCGCGCCCCAGCACGCCCCUGGGCGCGCGGCGCGGGCGGCGGCCAUCGGCCGGCGCCGCUCCGUCGGUCCUUCCCCUACAUCUACAAAGUGCAGCCACCACGCCGCGGCCCGCGUGCGCGCUGCGGGACGCGACGCUGCGCCCGCCGGCCUGGACGACUCCGCCGCGUCGGCACCGCUGCGGCCGGCGAGUGCACGUGCGGCCGCGGCACCGCCCCAACAACCUCGGCGACAUCCGCGAGGUGCGCGAGAGGCGCCGAGGACCUGCUGGAGGGACGCCGAGGCCGAGGAGGCGGGCGGCCCGCUGGCGCCUGGGGCGGGGCCGGCCGCGGGCGAGAAGGGCGACGGGCGCGUGUGCGGGCGCUGCGGAGGCACGACGCCCGGCGCCCAGCAGCUCCCGGCCACCGCGCAGUCCGCCCAGACGCACAAGAGAGGGCUUCGACGAAGAGGAUACUCUGUGCGACGGCGGAGACGGCCACAUCGCAGACAGCACCACCGACGGCAGUGACGGCUGUCCCAAAGGAAGUGAGGAUUUAGAAGACCAGGAAGGUGUUGCAAACAAGUCUGUACCUCCUGUGCCUGUGAACAGCCACUUGCACUGCCAUGCUUCAAGCUUGGACUUGCAAGCCUCCUUGCAAAAUGCUUCUACCAAGGACUUGAAAAUCCAAAAGACUUUACUGCUUAUAUUGAGGGAGAUGAUUCAGACUGAGAGAGAUUACGUUAAGUCACUGGAGUAUGUCAUCGAGAAUUACAUUCCUGAGUUGAUGCGAGAAGACAUACCCCAAGCCUUGAGAGGUCAACGUAAUGUAAUAUUUGGGAACAUAGAGAAGAUUUUCGAGUUCCAUAGUCAAUAUUUCCUUCAAGAACUAGAGCGUUGUGAAAAUAGUCCCUUACAUGUUGGGCAGUGUUUCCUUAGACAUGAGAAGAAAUUUUAUCUUUAUGCUUUGUACAAUAAGAAUAAACCCAAGUCUGACUCUCUCAUGUCUGAAUAUGGCUCAUCGUUUUUCAAGGCAAAACAACUUGAACUUGGUGACAAAAUGGAUUUGGCUAGUUACCUCUUAAAACCAGUACAACGCAUGGGGAAGUAUGCCCUACUUUUGCAACAACUUAUGAAAGCUUAUCCUGAAAAAGAAGCAGAUGUAACAGACAUCAAAGCAGCUGAGCAGAUGGUGCGCUUCCAGCUCCGACAUGGGAAUGACUUGUUGGCCAUGGAUUCUCUUCGGGACUGCGAUGUGAAUGUUAAAGAGCAAGGUAGACUUCUGAGACAAAAUGAAUUUCUAGUCUGGCAAGGAAAGGGAAAAAAGUGCCUUCGUCAAGUGUUUCUGUUUGAAGAAUUAAUUCUCUUCAGCAAAGCUCGGAGAUUUCCGGAUAGAAAGAAUUUAGACCUGUACAUAUACAAGAACAGCAUUAAAAUGACUGACAUUGGACUGACAGCUAAGAUUGGCGAUAGUCCUACAAAGUUUGAAAUUUGGUUUCGGAAGCGGAAACCAAAUGAUACAUUCACAUUGCAAUCUAUGUCUGAAGAAAUAAAACAAGCAUGGACUGAGGAAAUCUCAAAACUUUUGUGGAAACAGGCGCUGAGAAACAGAGAGAUGCGCCUUGCAGAAAUGUCUUCCAUGGGGAUUGGAAACAAACCCUGCUUAGACAUCAGACCUAGUGCGGACCAAAUUAGUGAUCGCUCCAUAAGCAUUGCGCAGCUGAGCAAAACUGCCCCGCGGUUCCGCAAUUCAAUCUCGGUGUCGUCAGGAGAGCUCUUGCGCAGUAACAAGAGGCCGCACUCCAUCAUCUCUGUGAGCAGCUCUUCCUCUGGUGGCAGCAGUAGCAGUAGCACCAGUCACUCCUCAGGCUCCACUUACGGAGCUCUGGUCAACCUAGGCUUUGACCCUGCAGAUAGUCCCCGAAUGCAUCAUCGGUCUACCACUCUCCACAGUCAGUGCUCCACAGAAAGUGGAAUUAUAGCUGACAUAUCCCUUGGAUCCGAUGAUACAGAUGGUUGCAGUCCCCACUGGCAUGUUGAGAGGUCUAACAGCUCAGUGACUUCAAUGUCCCUGGACUCGUCUAUGUCACCUACAUCACCAGUAUCACCUUCAGAAGAAAACAAGACCUGCCUUCAUCCACCUCAGCCGAAAGACGAUAAUUGUGCAUCUAGGACCAAUGACAAUGAAACAGAUCAAGAAGAAUUAUCUGUUAAACUUUGAAGUGUUCAACAUAUUUUUCUCAAUUUUAUGUAUACAUUUCUCAUAAGACUAAAUAUAAAUGAAUAAAAGGCAGUGGUGAUCUUACACUUCUGCUCUUACAAAGCCAAUGGUGAAAUCCUUUAUAUUUGCAUGCAAGUGAAUAAGUUACUAUCACGUAAGAGAAGAGGAUCACAACCAAAUGUUGAGGUUUGAAGAUUUGUUUCUUCAGAAGAAAUGAACUAUGUUCAUGUUAAUGUCAAAUUAUUUGUUGUGAAUUGUAUUUUCACACUUCACAACUAGCCUUCCAGCAUGUUGGGACGAAUUGUGCAGUUUUCUGGCACUAAUGUAGGCACUUGACCUAAUAUUAUGUAUUUACUAAUAGACUUUUGUCUCCAAGAGGAAAUACAGCCAUUCAGAUGUAAGUAAUUCACAUAUUUUGGUAUACAUACAAUAGUAGGAACUGCCAUAUAUUUGUGAAGGCAGUUGACAUAUCAGAAUAUGUAGUCCAAAAGAAAUAAUUUGAAGCUAUUAUUUAAAAGUUAUAUUUAGAUGAUUUUUCAAACUGAAUGAAAAGGCAACAAUUUAUGAAAAGCAAGAAUAUCCAGUUCUAAUUUUUCAGACUAGUGACAGUGAUGUACUUAUACUCACAAGAUAUAGUUAAUGUAAAUAUAGCAGACUCAACCUUGUACAGUUCAUACAGUAUUUAUUAAUAUUUUCAUUGCAUUCACAGAACAAAGUGAAUGUGCAGAACUAAACUUAGUAUAACAAGUGUUACAAAAUUAAGAAUUCUUGACAUGUUUACUUCUAGGCAUAAACUUCAGUGAUAACUAUGUGUAUUGGUGUUACAUGCAGCAAUUGCUCAUUGACUUCAAAACCAGUAGUUACACAUUUCCAGAGUGAAACAUUAGCCACUCUGAUUGUCCAAAUUCACAAGUGUAAUUUUGGAUUUUGUAUUUUUACUAAUAAAGUGUAUUAUCACAAAAUAAAUCUUUUGGUUUGUGUAUAUGGAUCCUAUUUUGUAAUGUGCAGUGAACGAAUGUGACAAGUAUUAUAUCCAUUCCUUUCCAAAUUGGCAUUAGUCUUUCAACUCUUUAAAAUAGUUAAUUAUGGAUUUAAUAUUAGAAAAUAUUGAUGUAUUAAUUUAUUAGAAUGAAACAUCACUAUGUAUCAUGAAGUAAUUUUUCAAACAAUUGCAGUUUUCGAGAGGCAUUAUUAGAUUUUAUUCCUUAUUAUUUGAGAGUCUGAUAAGUAAGCAAUUCAGUGGUUGUGUGUCAACAAAAUUUUUAACUUUUAUUUAUAAAGAGAGAAUAAACUUUGCUCAUUUCCUCUAAUUUAAUUUUUUUGAGCAAAAAUUAUUUAUGUAUUGUCAUACUUUUCAUUUAUUUAUACUUGGAAGGUAAGAAAUAACUGUUCUGUAUGUUCAUGUAGGCACAGGACCACUAACCAUAGAGUAUUAAAAUAUUGUCAUUAAAAAAUCUGCAAAUGCAAUUGAAAAUAUUUUUAUUAAAUAUUGGUUAAUGGGGUAAGCUGAGUUUGUACAAAAUCUAGAAGAUAACGUACAUUAUUUGAGACUAAAAAGUUGUUAAAUUUUAAUCAAAUGAUUUGAAGAAGAAUUAUGCAAGAAAAUUUUUGCUUGAGUACAGACUAAUUUCAAAUUUUUCCGCUUAAAAGAAAAUUUAAAACUCUGUAGAAAGAACUAUCAUUUUUAAAGUAUUUGUCCGAUUUCAGAAACUUUCCCAAAAUUUGAUUUGAUAUUUUAUUUACCAGAAAGUGUUCUAAUUAUAUUUCAUACAGGAGUGGUACAAUUUAUGGGUGGUUGAGAUUACAAAUCAUUAAAAUGAUUUCCUGAUAGAAAACGAAAGAAAUUAGAGGUAUGAAAAACCUAUUGGAAAUGUAGAACGAUAAAUAAUUCCAAAAGCGGUUUCGUUUCAAUAAAGCUACUGUAGUGGAUACACUUGUGACGAUGAUCGACAAAGUCCCAAUGACUAAAAGAGGAUUGCCUAUUUCUUAUUACAAGUUCUUGUUGCAUUAAGAUGUUAUGAAACUUUAUUCUUUCAGGAAUGUUUCCAAUUUUUAAUGUUUAUUCAUUUCUGAUUUAUAAGACCCAUUAUAAAUAAUUACGAAUUUGCAAUAUGAAUAACAAGUGAA